UUAAACGCCAUAGUGUGUCAUGUUUCGCCCAUAAAAAUAAUUUUAACUGAUAGUCAGAUAUUCUUUAUGUAGUGAGUUCUUAUUAAUAAAAUGCAGCCCUGUUUUUAUAUUUCUCGGUGGUGAGUUUUCUUCUGAAUGUAUUAGUUUACAUUUGACCAACAGAUAAUAAAGUGCAGAUUUCCAUAUUCGAACAUUCAAAUUAAAUAAAAACAAAGUUUACUWUGUAUAAAGUUACUAAAUAUUUUAGUUAAAGUCUAAUAAUUGUAGUGAACAUAGGUUUUAUACAAUAGAAAAUGUCCGUUGAACCAGAUAUCGCCAAAGAAGCGGAAAUACAAUCAUCGUGCGGGGCUAUGAUUGGAAUCAAGGAAUUGAUUACUCAAAAUUAUUUGAGUCGUAUGUUGAUAUGGGGUUUCAAACUACUAAUCUAGGGUUGGCAAUAAGAGAAAUCAAUCUAAUGCUUUAUUGUGGGUUGAAGAAGACUAUUAAAUGCCCACCCACGUACAUGGGAUCAUUCGAAUUAUCUGGCCGAGAUUUACGGGAUCGUGGUAUAAAUCGUAUAGGUAAUUUGCUUGUACCGAACGAUGACUAUUGCCAGUUCGAGGAUUGGCUCAUGCAGCUACUUAUUGAAAUCGUUGAAGWGCAAAAAACGAAAGGCAUGAUUUGGUCUCCUUCUCAUAUUAUACAACUACUUGGGGAAAAGAUAAACGACACCAGCUCAAUAUACUACAUAAAAUACCUGUGUUUUGCCCUGCCCUAACAGGUGGUAGCCUAGGUGGCUAGGUUUCCGUCACCCCGGAUUAGUGGUAGAUAUUUUGUCCGAUUUCCGAUGUCUAAACAAUAUGGCUGUGAAAGCCACCAAAUCGAGAAUUAUGAUAAUUGGUGGUGGUGGUAUAAAUCGGUGGUUAUAUCACGUAUGCAAUGCGAAUUUGAUGAGCAAUGGAGCCGAUUAUUCCGUUUUUAUUAGCACAGCUUCGGAAUUCGAUGGCAGUGACAGUGGUGCUCGACCAGAUGAGGCUAUUUCUUAGGGUAAAAUAAAGAAAGAAGCUUCACCAUUUAAGGUAUGGGUAUGGUUUAUGGUAUAUACGUAUGCAGAAGCUAGUUUAGUAGUGCCGUUGAUUGCUAAUGAGACAUUUGUUAAAAAACAUUUAAAUACAAAAAAAAAAAACGAACCA